AAUACCCUUAAUAUUGCAAGUGAACCAGUGGUUGGUACUCGUACGUACGUGUGCGAAAGUGACGUGGCCGUGAAGCCAUAGAUAACUUCUGUCUCGGCUUCCAGUUUCGUCCGUUUUGAAGAAAAAGAACGCAGAUCAAAAUGUUAACCAAGUUUGAAACCAAGUCAGCCAGGGUCAAAGGCCUUUGCUUUCACCCAAACCGUCCUUGGAUCUUGACCAGUCUGCAUAAUGGAACCAUUCAGCUGUGGGAUUACCGAAUGUGUACCAUGCUGGACAAAUUUGACGAACAUGACGGUCCUGUUCGCGGGAUUGGAUUCCAUCAACAGCAGCCUCUCUUUGUCUCCGGCGGAGAUGAUUACAAGAUUAAAGUCUGGAACUACAAGCUGAAGCGAUGUCUGUUCACUCUCCUUGGCCAUUUGGACUACAUCCGGACAACUUCCUUCCAUCACGAAUAUCCAUGGAUUCUGAGUGCAUCUGAUGAUCAAACCAUUAAAAUCUGGAACUGGCAGUCACGAAACUCUAUCGCUACAUUGACAGGGCACAACCAUUAUGUUAUGUGUGCCAACUUCCACCCCAGUGAAGAUCUUGUUGUAUCAGCAUCACUGGAUCAAACUGUUCGAGUCUGGGACAUUGGAGUUCUACGGAAGAAGAACGUUGCCCCUGGGCCUGGUGGAAUUGAGGAACAUGUCAAGUCCAGCAUGACCCCUGACCUCUUUAUGUCUGGUGAUGUUGUAGUCAAACACGUGUUGGAGGGUCAUGAUCGUGGUGUCAACUGGGCCUGCUUCCAUCCCACAAUGCCCUUGAUUGUGUCAGCUGCUGACGACCGUUACGUCAAGCUCUGGAGAAUGAACGAUGCCAAGGCUUGGGAAGUUGACACCUGUCGUGGUCACUACAACAACGUGUCCUGCGUGGUAUUUCACCCCCGUCAAGAGCUCAUCUUGAGCAACUCAGAAGACAAGAGCAUCCGUGUCUGGGACAUGUCCAAGAGGACGUGCCUUCAAACAUUCCGUCGGGAUCACGAUCGUUUCUGGGUCAUCACACCUCAUCCAACCCUUAAUCUCUUUGCUGCAGGACAUGACAGUGGCAUGAUCGUCUUCAAGUUGGAGCGUGAACGCCCUGCCUAUGCCACCCAUGGCAACCUCUUGUUCUACGUCAAGGAGCGUUACCUUCGCAGGCUGGACUUCACCACCUCCAAGGACGUAGCCAUCAUGCAGCUGAGGGGAGGCAGCAAGAGUCCAGUCUACAGCAUGGCCUACAAUCCUGCCGAGAAUGCUGUGCUCAUUUGCACUCGGACCAGCAACAUUGACAACAGCACUUACGAUCUGUACCAGGUCCCAAAGGAUGUCGACAAGCAGAACCCAGAUGCUCCUGAGGGUAAGAGAUCGUCUGGCCUGACUGCCAUUUGGGUUGCUAGGAACCGGUUUGCCGUCAUGGACAGGACCCAUGCAGUCAUCAUCAAAAACCUGAAGAAUGAAGUAACCAAGAAAGUGCAGACUCCAACUUGUGACGAGAUCAUGUAUGCAGGUACUGGCAUGUUGCUGCUACGUGACAAUGACACCGUCACCAUGUUUGAUGUGCAGCAGAAACGCUCAUUGGGUUCGGUGCGCAUACCCAAGGUACGAUACGCCGUCUGGUCAGCUGACAUGUCGCACGUGGCCCUGUUGGGAAAACAUACCCUUGGAAUCUGCAAUCGUAAGCUAGACAGCCUCUGCACCAUCCAUGAGAACAUCCGUGUCAAGAGCGGGGCGUGGGAUGAGAGUGGUGUCUUCAUCUACACCACCAGCAACCACAUCAAAUAUGCCAUCAGUAACGGAGACCACGGCAUUAUCCGUACCCUCGAUGUUCCCAUCUACAUCACCCGGGUCAAAGGUCAGAAUGUGCACUGCCUGGACCGUGAAUGUCGCCCUCGUAUCCUUAACAUUGACCCGACGGAGUACAAGUUCAAGCUGGCCCUGAUUCACCGAAAGUACGAUGAAGUACUUCACAUGGUCCGUACUGCCAAACUAGUUGGCCAGUCCAUCAUUGCUUACCUACAGAAGAAGGGAUACCCAGAGGUUGCCCUGCAUUUUGUCAAGGAGGAGAAGACUCGUUUUGCCCUGGCUUUGGAGUGCGGCAACAUCGAGGUCGCUUUAGAGGCCGCCAGGGCACUGGAUGACAAGAAUUGCUGGGAGAAGCUCGGAGAGGCAGCUCUCUUACAAGGCAAUCAUCAGGUGGUGGAGAUGGCCUACCAGCGAACCAAGAACUUUGACAAGCUAUCCUUCCUGUAUCUGAUAACUGGUAACUUGGAGAAGCUGCGCAAGAUGAUGAAAAUUGCUGAGAUACGUAAGGAUACCAGUGGUCAGUACCAGUGUGCCAUGUAUCUUGGAGACGUCAGUGAAAGGGUCAAGAUUCUCAAAACCUGCGGACAGAAGGCUCUUGCCUAUCUGACUGCAGCCACUCACGGCUUGACGGAGGAAGCUGAGGAACUGAAAGAAGGAUUUGAUGAGGAUGAGAGAGUUCCAGAGGUGAACCCCAACGCUGUUCUUCUGCAACCCCCUCCUCCCAUAAUGCAAUCAGAGGACAACUGGCCUCUCCUGACCAUGUCUAAGGGGUUCUUUGAAGGGGCCAUGUCCAGAGGGAAAGGUGGAGCUUCCAUGGCGGCUGAGGUGGAAAUGGAGGCGGAGGAAGAUGGCGGAUGGGGUGAUGACGCAGAGCUGGUCUUAGAUGGUGGUGAUGAGUUUGGGGAAGAUGUUGCUAUUGGAGGUGGAGAUGAUGAUGAAGGAGGUUGGGAUGUAGGAGAUGAUGACCUAGAGCUCCCCGCCGACCUGGAGGUUGCUGGUGGUCCCAUGGCUGGCGCUGGAGAGGAGGGAUAUUUCCUUCCACCAGUGAAGGGUACCAGUCAGACUCAAGUCUGGUGCAACAAUUCUUCCUUGCCUGUGGAUCACGUACUGGGUGGCUCCUUUGAGACUGCUACAAGGCUCUUGCAUGAGCAAAUUGGCGUGGUAGACUUCACUCCAUAUAAGACGCUAUUUAUGCAGACAUAUGCCAGAGCACGAACAGCCUACCUUGGCCUGCCUGCCCUCCCUCCGCUAAUGGGCUACCCUCAUCGCAACUGGAGGGAUGCAGGGGCCCGUGGUGGUCAAGCUGCCGUUGGGUUGAGGCUCAGCCAUCUUGUCCAGAGACUACAGGCCGCCUACCAACUGACCAUGCAGGGCAAGUUUGCUCCGGCUGUGGAUCUCUUCAGAGGCAUCUUACUGAGUGUCCCCUUGCUGGUGGUCGAAAACAAGCAGGAAAUCGCUGAGGCCCAACAACUGAUUACAAUCUGCCGAGAGUACAUCCUAGGUCUGUCCAUGGAGAUCUUUCGCAAGGAGCAGCCCAAAGGAACUCUGGACGAACAGAAGAGGAACUGCGAGCUGGCAGCAUAUUUCACUCACUGCAACCUGCAGCCUGUUCACCAGAUCCUGACGCUGCGUACUGCCCUCAACCUCUUCUUUAAGCUUAAAAACUUCAAGACGGCUGCAUCCUUCGCUCGUCGACUUCUGGAGCUUGGACCCAAGCCGGAUGUUGCCACUCAGACAAGGAAGAUCCUGGUUGCUUGUGAGAAGAAUCUGACUGAUGCCCACAAACUGAACUACGAUGAACACAACCCUUUUGAUGUGUGUGGUGCCACCUACAAGCCUAUCUACAGGGGGAAACCAGUUGAGAAGUGCCCACUGAGUGGAACCUGCUACAUGCCAGAGUUCAAGGGGUCAAUAUGCCGGGUCACCCAGGUCACUGAGAUUGGAAAGGAUUGUAUCGGGCUCAGGAUAAGCCCUUUACAAUUCCGCUGAACAGCUAACAAGAAUCACUGAUACAAAAAUCACCAAAAUGCAAAGAGGGGGAAAAUGUAAAGACUGUAUUAACGACUUUGAUGGGGACUUGUAAUUUGUGUAGUCGUCCUUUGGUGUUCGUAAUCUAUUCAGUGGCAGUCAACUUCCAAAACAAAAAUCUCUGACGGGGUUUCAGUGAGGAAGUAGUCGACAUACAAGAGCUUUGUCAGUAAGUGGACCCCAACAGGACACUUGCAGACCCUUGUUGGCUUUAUAGGCUUGAUAUAAAAUACUGCACUUAAUUAUCUUGAAAGGAUAAGGGAGACAGGCUGUUUGUCUAGAGCUUCUUGCAUACACUGUUGCAUUGGUCUGUUGAAUGCUAUAGCACCCUAUAAGAAAAUAAAAAUACAGUUGAACCUUGUUACUAAGAGGUCUUUUGGACUUGCAAAUUACCUUGUUACAACAGGAACCUUGUAUUAUCAGGAAUGAAAAUAAUGAAAAAACCCGAGGAUUGGGACCUGACAAUGUCCUUGUAAGCUGAAGCUUAUAUUGACAGUGCGCUUAUUAACAAGGUACGACUGUAUUGUCUAAAUAUAACACAUGGCCUUGCAUCUCUUAUGUAGGACACAUAGCGCCCUCUAUCGUUCUAGCACAGACCCAUUGACAGUGUUACCAGAUUUGGUAAAAUGUUGCCACAGUUUGGAGAAUAUGUCCAAUGUGGCAUAUGUAUGAAAUUUUUUUUCCUUUCUUGCUGUUUCAAGGUACUUGUCAUUAAGCUUUAUUAUAAUUAUGUUACUGUAAUGUAACAUGAACUUUGUUUUAUGAAGCACAAGGGUAAAAUCAGAGAACUUGUCAUUGAAAUUUUAAAAGCCUCUGAAUUGUUUCUUUUAGUAUUAGUGAGUAAAAAUUGUAGCUCUGAGGAACAUGUACCUGUAAUAUCUAUUAACAUUGCAGAAUGUACUUUUGGUUUCAGCUAUCAGAAACUUUCUUAAUUUGCCUUCAAAAAAAUGUUUACGUGUUCAAUUGUUUCACACAAACUCGUUUGUAAAAUACAAAGGAUAAUUCCUGCCUGUUUUGCUCAGAUAUUCCUGUAGUAUUGCUUAUUACUGUCCAUCAUCACUCGCCAAUGUGGACUUGGAUAUACUGAUGAUUUUUUGUUUUGUUUUUUGGGUUACGGAUACUGAGACGACAGUGUUAACAGUUGCAGUGUUCAUGUUGAGCAGUAAUGUGGGAGAGUUCUAACUCCUGUGAAGUUUAGAAAUUUUGGAGUUUUGCCUGUUUAUGCACUCCCAAUGGCUUAAUAUUAUUUUUUCAUUCCUUAAACUGUUAAUGUAAUCCUGGGUAAGCUGAAAGUCAAAUAAAAUAAAUGAUUUAAUGUACUAGAAAAAA